UCCCCUCCCACGUGCUCAGGCUGGCUAAAGUUCUGCGGCUUCAGUUCCUUGGGACUGUCCUGAUAGAAGGUAGCGACGACAAUUAGGGGGCACCUGGUAUCCAGGCCCGCAUCCUACUUCCCAGCAGGGUGUCACGCUCCCCCGAAGACUGGAACCGUGUUUUAUGUGUCUAUUCCCCACCAAUGUGUUGUGGUUUCUUCUUGCUGCGCAUCCAGAAUAAUGCUGACAGGAGCAGUUUUCGUGCAAGGCUCCUGCUGUCCGUGUCAUCUGUUCUAGGGAGUGCACCUAGACAUGGUUUUGCUGAGUGAGAUGACAGCCAUGGAGUAUUCGGAUGGCAUCGAUCUCCCUCUGAGUCAGGAGACAUUUCAACGCUUAUGGAAACUACUUCCUCCAGAAGCUGUUCUGUCGGAGGCGUCAUCUAAUUCCAUGGACAAUAUGUUCCUGUCCCCGGAUGUUGUGAAUUUGUUAGAAGGCCCAGAGGAAGCCCUCCAAGUGUCAGCAGCUCCUGCAGCACAGGACCCUGUCACUGAGACCCCUGCACCAGCGGCCCCUGCACCAGCCACUCCAUGGCCCCUGUCAUCUUUCGUCCCUUCUCAAAAAACUUACCAGGGCAGCUAUGGCUUCCACCUGGGCUUCCUGCAGUCAGGGACAGCCAAGUCUGUUAUGUGCACGUACUCCCCUUCCCUCAAUAAGCUAUUCUGCCAGCUGGCGAAGACGUGCCCUGUGCAGUUGUGGGUCAGCGACACACCUCCAGCUGGGAGCCGGGUCCGCGCCAUGGCCAUCUACAAGAAGUCACAACACAUGACGGAGGUUGUGAGACGCUGCCCCCACCAUGAGCGCUGCACCGAUGGUGAUGGCCUGGCUCCUCCCCAGCAUCUUAUCCGGGUGGAAGGGAAUUUGAAUGCCGAAUAUCUGGAUGACAAGCAGACUUUCCGCCACAGUGUGGUGGUACCGUAUGAGCCACCCGAGGUCGGCUCUGACUAUACCACCAUCCACUACAAGUACAUGUGUAAUAGCUCCUGCAUGGGGGGCAUGAACCGCAGACCUAUCCUUACCAUCAUCACACUGGAAGACUCCAGUGGGAACCUUCUGGGAAGGGACAGCUUUGAAGUUCGCAUUUGUGCCUGCCCUGGGAGAGACCGUCGUACAGAGGAAGAAAAUUUCCGCAAAAAGGAAGAGCCUUGCCCCGAGCUGCCCCUGGGGAGCGCUAAGAGAGCACUGCCCACUGGCACAAGCGCUUCUCCCCAGCAAAAGAAAAAACGGCUUGAUGGAGAAUAUUUCACCCUUAAGAUCCGCGGGCGUGAACGCUUCGAGAUGUUCCGGGAGCUGAAUGAGGCCUUAGAAUUAAAGGAUGCCCGUGCUGCAGAGGAGUUGGGAGACAGCAGGGCUCAUUCCAGCUACCUGAAGACCAAGAGGGGCCAAUCUUCUUCCCACCAUAAAAAACCAAUGGUCAAGAAAGUGGAGCCUGACUCAGACUGACAACCUCUGCAUCCUGUCCCCCAUCACCACCCUCCCCCUCUCCUUGCCAUUUUAUAACUUUAGGGCUUGACACUGAGAAACAAUCCCGGUGUCUUCUGCUGCCUUUUUUACAUUGUACCUAGGGCUCAGCCCCCUCUGUAAGUACUGGUUCCUGGCCCAGGUUGGGGAAUGGGUUGGUACUUGUCAGGUCUCUGCUGGCCCAGCGAAAUCCUAUCCAGCCAGUUGUUGGACCCUGGCACCUAAAAUGAAAUUUCACCCCACCCCAACCCUGUAAGAUUCUAUCUUGGGCCCUCAUAGGGUCCGUAUCCUCCAGGACCCAUUUUCCUUCCACUCUGCAAAGCCUGUCUGUAUUUAUCUAUCCUCCCACCCCAUCUCCCUCUUUUUUACCCUUUUUAUAUACCAAUUUCCUAUUUUACAAUAAAAUUUUGUUAUCACUUGUA